UCAUUUUUAGAAGGAAUUUUGUUUAUUUGGCAUAUCUUCAAUGCAUGUGCGCCUAAAAUUGCUUUCUAAAUUACAAGGAAGAUUUCCAUAUUUCAAACAGAGAUAUCGCUUCAUCGUGCGAAGCAAUUGUACCAGUUUUAAAAUGGCAACAAAUGACGAGUCGAAAGAUCAAAAGGAUGAAACGGAAGAUCAAAUUGUGAACAUUGAGACGGUAGUCGCCGCAGAUAAUAAAGGCAUCGACUAUAAUAAACUUAUAAAACAAUUUGGGAGCCAGAAAGUUGAUGAAAGUCAUAUUGAACGCAUCUUAAAACUCAGUGGAAAGCCUGUGCACCACUUUUUAAAACGUGGAAUAUUUUUCUCUCAAAGAGACCUGAAAGUGGUUUUGGAUGCAUUUGAAUCAAAGAAGAGAUUCUAUUUGUAUACUGGAAGAGGGCCCUCGUCAGAGGCUAUGCAUUUGGGACAUUUAAUUCCUUUUAUUUUUACCAAAUACUUGCAAGAUGCAUUUGAUGUUCCUUUGGUCAUUCAAUUAACGGACGAUGAGAAGUUUUUGUGGAAGAAUUUAAAACUGGAGGAAGCUCAUAGGCUGGCGUAUGAAAAUGCGAAGGACAUUAUAGCCUGUGGUUUUGAUGUAAACAAGACAUUUAUAUUUUCUGAUGUGGAUUAUGUUGGUGGUUGUAAGGAAUUUUAUAUGAAUAUUGUGAAAAUUCAAAAAAGUGUCACUUUCAACCAAGUCCGGUCAAUCUUUGGUUUCACAGACAGUGACCCCAUAGGUAAAAUAUCAUUUCCUGCAGUUCAGGCAGCGCCAUCAUUUAGCAAUUCAUUUCCACAUAUAUUUGGUGAGAAGCAUGAUAUUCCCUGUCUAAUUCCUUGCGCCAUUGACCAGGAUCCAUAUUUUCGUAUGACAAGAGAUGUUGCCCCAAGACUGGGAUACCCCAAACCCUCUCUUCUUCAUUCCACGUUCUUUCCAGCCUUGCAAGGAGCAAAGACGAAAAUGAGUGCAAGCGAUCCAAAUUCGUCUAUUUUUUUAACGGAUACUCCAGCACAGAUUAAGAAAAAGGUCAAUAAAUAUGCAUUUUCUGGCGGGAAAGAUAGUAUUGAAGAACAUCGGAAACUUGGUGGAGAUAUUGAAGUAGAUAUUGCCUAUCAAUAUUUGACUUUUUUCUUGGAGGAUGACGAGAAACUACAGCAAAUAAAAGGGGAUUACAGCAGUGGGAAGAUGUUAAGUGGUGAGAUUAAGAAAGAAUUAAUUUCAGUUUUACAGCCUAUGGUGGCAGCACAUCAAGAGAGAAGAAAAACUGUCACACCUGAAAUUGUCAAACAAUUCAUGACUCCACGAAAAUUAAAUUUUUAAAAUGAUAAAGCUC